UGGGAGUCGGAGAUAUUUGAUUUAUUAAAAGUUAAUUAAGGCCUGCAGGCUGUAAGCUCACGUGAUAUGAGGGAGUACAAAAACGCUCCUUUUUGGCGCUUGCUGUACUGAACCUUCCCCUUGUAACGUUGUAUAUAUACAUAGCAGUAAACGUACUGUAAACAUGGCCUACAGAGGCGAUCGUGGACGCGGUGGCUUCGACAGAGGGAGAGGGGGACGAGGAAGCCCUAUUCCCGGCGACAGGGGACGGGACUCACCCUCUGGCUUUCGUGGCGGUGGCGGCAGAGGCGGUGACCGUGGCCGAGGGUUCGACAGAGGCCGGGGAAGGGGCUUUGGCGCUCCAAGGGAACAAGGCGGAAUAUUUCUCGAGAACCAACCAGCUACCGUCGACGCUCGAGUAGCUGAUGACUCCGACAAGGCGCUCGUCGCUAGUUUACGAAACACUCAGCUCAGGAAUGACCCUGAUAGUAUGCCCUUGCGCCCAGAUUUUGGCACUGUUGGGGUGCCAAUCAAACUUCGCACCAAUUUCUUCCCUGUGCGCGUUCCCAAGGGACCGCUUUAUGAGUAUGACAUCGCUAUCACGCCUGUGGCUGGAACAGCUACUCGUCGCGUCAAGCGUCGCAUAUUUCAGCUCGCAGAGCAGACUACUACGUGGCAACAGUCUGGGAUGCGUGGCACUGUCGCACACGAUAGCAGUGCAAAGCUUAUAUCGGCUCGUGUUCUAGCACAGCCUCUUACGAUCAAAGUCCCAUAUUAUGACGAUGACCAAACUGGGCCUCCGGCACAGGGUGGCAAAGAAUACACACUCACAAUCAAAUUCAUUCAGGAAAUCAACACACAGGAUCUCAUGAGUUACUUGAAUGGAGAUAACCAGUAUCGAAACUACAACACCCUUCCUGUUAUUUCCGCGUUGAAUCUUAUUCUUGCCGCGCAUCCAUUGCGCAGCGGCAUCAAAGUCGGUCAAGACCGCUACUUCUUCCGCUCUGCUGCUGUUCCAGCAAAUCUCGGCGGCGGUUUAGAAGCAUGGAAGGGCUUCUACUCUUCUGUGCGCCCAGCUCAUCAUCAGCUGAUGGUGAACGUCAAUGUCUGCACCACAGCGUUCUAUACCCCUGGAAAUCUUGCGGUGCAGAUGAUGGCUUUCCAAAACUCCAGUUUCGGCGCACGAAUGGAAGCGUUUUGUAAAGGCGUCAGGGUCAAAGCUACCCAUCUUGGUUAUCGAAAGACCGUCAAGUGUCUUGCCCGCCAGAACGCACGCCAGUACACCUUCCCGUGCGACGAACUUGGAGGAUCCGUCUCAGUAGAGCAGUACUUCUCGCGUAAAUAUAAGAUUAAGCUGAAGUACCCUGACCUACCUCUUGUCGAUGUCGGGGGGCAGAAGAAAAACUACCUGCCAGCCGAAGUUUGCGAAAUUCUUCCUGACCAGCCUUUCCGUGGCAAGCUUACAGACGAUCACACUGCAGCUAUGAUAACAGUCGCGUGCCAACCACCCAACGUCAAUGGUAACGCUAUCAUGAACGGUCUCAGAGAGCUUGGGUUUGUAAACCCAGGUCCCACACUCGGCGCGUUUGGUGUAUCCAUCGGGCCCAACAUGGCAGUUGUCCCCGGCCGGAUCCUCCCGAGACCUGGACUGAAGUAUGCCAACAACGUGUCGCCCGCAGUUGAUGACAGAGCCUCGUGGAAUUUGCGGAACAUUCGUUUUGCUGUGGGCGCGCGCCUGGAGAAGUGGGCUGUCCUGCUCAUCGGCGAUCGUGGUAGAGACGAGUUUCAGGGGCCUCAAGAUCCUGCCCUCCGGACUGUUAUCAGCGGGUUCAUGGCCAUGUGCAAGAAUAGCGGGAUCUUUGUGUCAAAUGAGCAACCUCCGGUUGUAGCGGCAAACCUGCCGCCGCAAGAUAGAAGCGACCCGCUUAGGAAGAGCGCCAUCAAUAUUAUUCGCGAGAGUCUGAUGAAGUUGCAUCCAAAGCCUUCCUUGGUACUCGUGAUGCUAUCAAACGGCGACAAGAACAUUUACGAAGGACUGAAACACUUAUGUGACGUGUACCUCGACGUCGCUACUGUGUGUGUACACGUGGCCAAGAUUAGGAAGGAGAAGGGGCAGCCACAAUAUUUUGCAAACGUGGCCUUGAAGGUAAAUAUGAAAAUGGGCGGCGUCAACCACAAACUCGAUGAAAACUCGGGUCGGUGGCUCUCCAGCGAGCCAACGAUGGUAGUCGGAAUGGAUGUGACCCACCCUGGUCCUGGAAGUGCAAGAGGAACACCCUCCAUUGCUGCAGUAGUUGCGAGCGUGGACAAUCAUUUCGCUCAAUACCCUGCAAGUCUUGAAGUCCAGGAGUCGCGGAAAGAGAUGAUUACCAAUCUCAAGGAGAUGAUGAUAGCGAGGCUUCAACUUUUCCGUCAACGUAGCAAGGUAUUGCCUAAACGCGUACUGGUUUAUCGCGAUGGCGUUUCUGAGGGGCAAUUCAAUAUCGUCCGGAUGGAAGAGCUUCCGGAGAUCGUAAAAGCCUUCCAUACCUUCGAUCAGCCAAAGAAGCCUUAUCGCCCCCAACUAACUAUUGUGAUUUGUGGCAAGAGGCAUCAUACCAGAUUCUAUCCCACAGAACGGAAGGAUGCUGCAAAUGACGGCAAUCCAAAGCCUGGAACAGUAGUUGAUCGUGGGGUCACGGCAGUAUAUGACUUCGACUUCUUCCUUCAAGCCCAUGGCGGUUUGCAGGGUACGACGAAGCCGACCCAUUACUACGUCGUCCAUGAUGAAAUUGGCUUUGGGUCAGACAGUCUUCAGGGCCUUACGAAUGCCCUGAGCUACAUGUUCGCGCGCGCUACUAAGGCCGUGAGCCUUGUAUCCCCCGCGUAUUAUGCUGAUGUAGCGUGUGAACGUGGGCGAUGCUAUUUGAGGAAGCUCCUCCAGGGCCAAAGUGGGGAUGGUAUAACGGCCAGCGGUAGCGCCAGUACUAACGAACAAGAUGUCAUGCGGGAAGCACAGGCACUCUGGCGUAAUGGUGUCUCCAAGAACUUGAAGGACACCAUGUUUUACUUGUGAUCAUGCGCAUCUACUUUCCUUUUGACUACUGAUUAUCAUGCUCUCAAUCGUUAAUAGCUAUUACUCACAGAUUUUGUCUUGUCUUGCGUUGUUGAAUUGCUUGGUUUCUUAGAUGGCUUCCAGCUAUGUUUGUUGCAGGCUACUUCUUGUUUGGAUAUGUAAACUGGAUAUAUGAACCGUGUUUUGUGAAUUUUCUUGCACAACCUUAUGAGCUGUUUAGAGUAAAAGUUCGAGCACCUCCGAGCACCGCCGACGUUGGGUAGGCGCUAUUGGACAAUACACCACUUCGAGUUCCAUUCGAACUUCUAAA